AUGAACGAAAAUUGCGAUAGUUCUCAAUAUAAUGAAACUACGAUUCCUAUGGUAAAGGAUACCUCAAGUAACAAUGAUAUUCAAGUAGAACAAAAUCAAAGUGCAGAGAGUAAAGGUCACAAUAAUCAUGAUAGUGGACCUUUCGAUAUAAAUAGUAAUCACAGUGACAAAUCUGGACAUUUAGAAAUGGGAAGUACAUCAUCAUCUGCAGCAAUGGAUUUGAAAAACGUCAAGAGUAUUGGACAAAGUAUAAAACUAGAAGAAGCAAUCGACACAAAUUCAAUCAUUGAAGAGUCAACAGAAUCAAAAAUAUCGAACUUAGAAAAUAUUAACCUUGCAGCCACAGUAGGUGGUUCACAAACUAGAAAAUAUCUGAAUGCCAAUGUGACGCCGCAUCUUUUAGCCGGUAUGAGGCUCAUAGCCGUGCAACAACCAGAAGAUCCCUUACGUGUUUUAGGUGAAUAUUUGAUUGAGCAAAGCGACAUACUGAAAAGUGCAAAAAAAAAUGAGAGUAAUGCUAGUGUAUGA